AUGUUUGAUGACUACAGCUAUGACUCCACUGCUUCCACAGAUGACUACAUGAAUUUCAACUUCAGUAGUAGCUUCUUCUGUAAGAAAAACAGUGUCAGGCAGUUUGCAAGCCAUUUCCUUCCACCUCUGUACUGGCUUGUGUUCAUUGUGGGUACCCUGGGCAAUAGCCUGGUUAUCCUUGUCUACUGGUAUUGUACAAGAGUGAAGACCAUGACUGACAUGUUCCUUUUGAAUUUGGCAAUUGCUGAUCUGCUCUUUCUUGCUACUCUUCCCUUUUGGGCUAUUGCUGCUGCUGGCCAGUGGACAUUCCAGACCUUCCUGUGCAAGGUUGUGAACAGCAUGUACAAGAUGAACUUCUACAGCUGUGUGCUACUCAUCAUGUGUAUCAGUGUGGACAGAUACAUUGCCAUUGUACAGGCCAUGAAGGCUCAGAUCUGGAGGCAGAAAAGGCUGCUGUACAGCAAGAUGGUCUGUAUUACUAUCUGGGUGAUGGCAGCUGUGCUCUGCACCCCAGAAAUCCUGUACAGCCAAGUCAGUGGGGAAUCUGGCAUUGCCAUCUGUACCAUGGUCUACCCUAAGGAUAAGAAUGCCAAGCUGAAAUCAGCUGUCUUGAUCUUGAAGGUCACCUUGGGGUUUUUCCUUCCCUUUAUGGUCAUGGCCUUCUGCUACACUAUCAUCAUUCAUACCCUGGUACAGGCCAAGAAGUCAUCCAAGCACAAAGCCCUAAAGGUGACCAUCACUGUCCUCACUGUCUUCAUUAUGUCUCAGUUCCCCUACAACUCCAUUCUUGUAGUGCAGGCUGUUGAUGCCUACACCAUGUUUAUCUCCAAUUGCACUAUUUCCACCAAUAUUGACAUCUGCUUCCAGGUCACUCAGACCAUUGCAUUCUUCCACAGUUGCCUGAACCCAGUUCUCUAUGUUUUUGUGGGUGAGAGAUUCCGCCGGGAUCUCAUGAAGACCCUGAAGAACUUGGGAUGCAUUAGCCAGGCCCAGUGGGUUUCAUUCACAAGAAGAGAGGGUAGUUUGAAGCUUUCUUCCAUGCUACUGGAGACAACUUCGGGGGCUCUCUCCCUCUGAAAGAACUUCUUACUGAGGCUGAUGGUCCUUUUGGAAAUAAUGAGAUACAUAGACACAACAUAGUCUCCUCACUGAUAAGACUAAACAGAAAGCAAAUAAUAAGUAAAUGAGAAAACAAACAAAAAAAAUUGGAUGAGCCUAAACAGCUUUAUCAAACUCAGUCAGGAUAUGCCAAACAAAGUUUUCAAAACUGACCACACCAGAAGGGCACCAGCUGGUUUUUGGUUGUAGUAACUGCAAUU